AGGAACUAGUUUGAAAGUUUUCGUGCUCUGCGAGAACCGAUUUAUCAGUGCCAAGGAAGUGUGAAUUUUUUUCUUGUGCAUCAAUGUAUAAAAUAGAAUGAUAUUCUAUGAUUAAGGUAGAUUUACCAUGAGAAUGGAUGCCUGUUUGCACGGUGCACGAAAGUGGAGCAAAAUUACGUCUAGAAACGUCUAUUGUACGCUGUCGACUUUUCAAAAUGUAACAUUGCAAGUGUAAAUGUGAAAAUCAGACAGGGUUUUUUGACAUCGUUCGCCAAUUUACUAACUUUUGAGCUGGCCUUCCGAUCCUGUUCAUAAGGUUGAACACGAGGUGGUGAAGUUGCUGAAUGUUACCAUAGUUCGUGCAACAUGUGUUGAAACUUGUUUUGAUAAAAUAAAAUGUUUUCGCCAUUCCCUUUGCCCUGGUGGCUGUUUCUGGUCGCAGAAAAUCUCCAUGUCUCCAGAUCCAUAUGUCACUCUCAGGAAUUGACAUUGGUUGAUGACGAAUUUUGUUCUCCUGAGGAACUCGACACUAGGACAAUUCUGCUGGACAAGCUGCCUGUGGAUGUGGUAACUCGUCAACAAUUGAAGUUUGGUGAGAGAACCUUGUUGGAUGUCGUUUUACAUGUGGUAAACAAUGAAAGGGUAGACCUGCGCAUCGGCUAUGAUUCUUGUGAAAAUGAAAAAGAGUUUCUUACAAAAAGACGAGAGGUGGUCUUAAAGAAGAUGGCUGCUAUGUUUGACGACGAGAAACGGCCUGGUUCUAUUGACGAGGUCCCGGUGAUUGCGAUCAUGGGCUCGGGAGGUGGUUACAGGGCAGCUUGUGGCUUGUCAGGAGCAUUCAGUGCUCUUCAAGAAGCUGGUAUUUUGGACUGCGCUACAUAUGUAUCUGGACUAUCAGGAUCAUCGUGGUACAUAGCAACUUUGUAUGAAAAUGAGAAAUGGCCCGAGCUGCCUGCGUGUGAUGAAGUUGCUGUUUUCCUUCGAGAACGGUUCCGCACCAGUAUUCUUACGCAUUUUCACAGUCAGUUUGGCCACAGAGUCAAACAGAAAGAAGAGAAAGGCCAGCCUGUCUCUUUUACUGACAUCUUUGGCAUGGCCAUCGGGGAUGCUUUAUUAACGGACCCAGAAAGUAAACUGAGUCAUCAAGUUUAUAAAGUCUGUGAUGGUCAAUCACCUCUCCCAAUCAUGACGGGAAUUCGAGUUCAAUCUAGCACGCCCGCAGACGUUUGCAGCGAAUGGAUGGAAUUCACGCCUUACGAGUUCGGUUUUCCAUUGUUGAGUGUAUUUGGAAAGAUAUCCGAGUUCGGAUCAAAGUUUUACAAGGGAAGAUUGGUGCGCAAGUUCGAGGAGUAUCCUUUGAAUUAUUUUCUCGGGAUCUGGGGAAGUGCGUUCACCAUUCUUUUGAAUCGCGUUGUCGACGUGGAAAAUGAAACCGAUAAUUGGUGUGAAUUGAUGAGACGAGAACUAGAAUGUUUACUUAAAAUUGAAUCGAAAGAUGAUGAUGUCCCAAGCGAUGAUGACGAGCUUCCGGAAGAUCAAAUAAACAUUGGGAGGAACUGGUUUGCCGAAAUGUUAAGUCCGUCGAAUCUCUUCGUGAAUCGUCGAGGGAAGGCCGCUGAAACGUUUAAUGUUUGUCGUGGGCUCCAAAUCAAGCCAGAAAAUGAAGAAGAAGACUAUCUUAAGAAUUUUGGAAAAGGGAAAAUGAUGUGUGUUGUGGACAGCGGAAUUGCGUUCAACUCUCCUUUCCCUCCCAUACUGAGGAGUGAUCGUGGAGUCGAGUUGAUUUUGUCCUUUGAUUUCAGUCAGAAAGAGGGCGAUGACGAUCCACCUUUUGUCCAACUAUUGAAAGCAGAGAGUUGGGCUCGAGAUAAAGGUCUACCCUUUCCUAAAAUCCAAGGAAAUCCUCUCACCGAAGAUCGUAAUUUAAGGGAGUGCUAUGUUUUCGAAGAUCCAGAUAACGUCAAUUGUCCAACUAUAUUGCAUUUCCCUCUCGUGAAUAGAAAGUUCAAGGACUUUCUAACACCAGGAGAACCACGAUUGACCAAGGAAGACAAAGAUUUUGCUAACUUUGAUAUCUUCAAUGAUCCCAAUGAUACCUAUUCAUCAUUUACAUUCCAGUACAACAGCAAGACAUUCAAUCGUCUUCAUGAGUUGAUGAAAUUCAACACAAGGUUAAAUAUUGAUCUCAUUAAGGACAAAGUUACUGGUUACAUCGAUCGUCGAAAGAAUGACCCAAUUUAUGUAGCCAGAUAAUUGCCAAACCAUAGAAAGAAGCUGAUAGGAAGUUGCCCGGAUGGGUGUAAUCUGCAUAAGUUUAAUUCACUCUCAUAAAGUGACCAUUGGUAAGUUGCCUUGAAGCAAUGUACUUGACUUCACUUCACAACGGUAAUAUAACUUAGACACUUUUAAAAUGUAUGUAACAUUGAAGCUUUUGCUAUCAAUUAUAAUUGAAUCCAUGAUUAAGGCAAUCCAAUUAAGUGGCUCUUAACUAGGUCAAACAAGAAAUGGUUCUUUUGUAUGUAUAAUGGCAUGGGGUGAGAUACAAAUGCAUCUUUGUUUUUAAAAAGCAAAUCUACUCAAAUCUGUGUUAGCCUGUCCCAUUAUAGAAAACUGACCAUAACGUUUGAAUUAUUGUACAGAAGCUUUUGUUCAUUACCUAUUUUGGUUUGCUCACUUUGUGAAGUCAAUUGUAUGUAUUCUUGCAUCAGUACUUUUAAAUAGUUGCAUCAUUUGCUAUGACUUAUCAUGAAAUAUAAAGUUAGCACAAAUACAUAGUAAUAGAAUAGUGAAUGAAUUAUAGUAAAUCAGCUUCCUAAA